AUGCCGUUCUCUUAUCUUCUCAUUUUGCAUAAAGUAUGGCUUAAUCACAAGAAAAUGGUAUUCAAAGUUGGGAUAAUGGGUGGAUCCGGUUUGGAGGAUCCACAAAUAUUGCAAAAUGCAAAAGAAGUCGAGGUUGACACUCCGUUCGGGAAACCAAGCGAUAAGUAUAUCGAAGGAACCAUUCAUGGCAUUCCCUGUAUUCUUCUGGCUCGCCAUGGCCGUAAACAUGAUAUCAUGCCAUCAGAUGUCAACUAUAGAGCAAAUUUAUGGGGCAUGAUGUCUUUAGGUGCCAAUGUGAUUAUAGCAUCAAUUGCAUGCGGAUCAUUGCAACAAGAUGUGAAACCAGGCGAACUUGUAUUUCCCGAUUCUGUAGUAGAUAAGACCAAUGGACGCAAAUGCACAUAUUUUGAUGGAACGUGCCCACAAGUUCCAGGCGUAUGUCACAUUCAAAUGCAUCCAGCAUACAACGAAAAGCUGAGAAAGAUUCUUGUAACGACCGCCGACGAUCUCAAACUGAAAUAUCACGACGGUGGUUUCGGAAUCUGCAUCAAUGGACCUCGAUAUUCGACUAGGGCUGAAAGCCGAAUAUUCCAAUCCUGGGGCGCCAGCCUCAUCAAUAUGACGAUGAUACCAGAGUGCUGUCUUGCAAGAGAAUUGGGCAUCCCUUAUGCUACCACUGCACUAGUUACCGAUUAUGAUUGCUGGAAGGAUGAUGAGCAAGUGUCGAUGGAACUUGUCAUGAAGACAUUCAAGGACAACUGUUUCAAAUGCAAAAAUUUGUUUAUCGAGGCAGUGCAGCGAAUAGCCAAAGAGGACUGGCAGACAGAGAUUGCAACAGUCAAGAAAGCUGCUCGAGAUGCAGUCAUGGUUGGACCAGAGGUCGUCAUUCCUCAUCUUACCGUUUGAGAAAAUUACUAAUGGGUCAAAUACACAUUCCUGUUUUGUUUCUAGAUAUCUAAUAAACGU